AUGAGUUGGGACACGGAAAAAACAAUAUCUUUCAUUAAAGAGUAUGAAAAGCGCCCGAUAUUGUGGAAAAAGAACGAUAAACAUUAUUAUAAUAUAAUCAGAAAAGAAGAUGCAUGGAGAGAGAUAGGUGAAAUAUGUAAUGAAUCCGUGGACGUCUUAAAAAAGGAAAUUGAUAGUCUUCGAGGUUCAAGAAGGAGGGAAAAAAAUAGAAUUGCUAAAAGCAUGGGAACAGGUAAAGGAAGAAACGAAAUUUAUGAGUCCAAAUGGUUUGCAUGGGAUAGCCUAAAAUUUCUAGAUGACCCAGAAGAGCUACAAGAAACAUUGUCCAAUCAUCCUGCUUCAUCCGACAUCAUAGAAGUUGAUGAAGAAACUACUGACAAUACAGACCGAAUUGUUGAGGACCAAAAUCCUAUUUCUUCGCAAAAAAAGUUUUUGUCACCACAUAAAAAUGCUCCGAAAAGAAAAAAAAAACGAGGACCCUCGUAUACAAGAGGCCUACGAUAUUUUAAAAAGCAGAACAGCCACUCAGAGUAA